GAAUAAAUAUGGCCUUAGAAAUAAAAUGAUAAAACAUGUCACGGCAACUAGUUUGUACGUAACUUUAUUAAUCCGCUUAACGGAAGUCACGUCUGAUUUUAGCGACAUUGACGCUAGCUUGGUUAUUUAACUGGCAAAAACAACAAAUAUUGUAGAGAAUUUUGAUUUAUUUCAAGAAUUCUGUCAUCCAAACGGAGUAACUGUGUUUUUUGGCUUCAUUUGGAGCAUGUAGUUGUCGUUAAAGCCGUCGUUUGUGGGGCCCAGACAAUGACGCAGGGUUUCCACGGAGCGGUUAAGUUUACAUAGGCUACUGUUGACUCAAGCAGCUACAGUAGAAGACGGCGGCGGAGCAAAUCCGAGUCACAAGACUUCUUCAGUGAGCUGCACGGCUGCUUUCUCUCCCCCCUCCACAGGUUCCGAAGGGAUGGAAAACCCCGGCUACUGCUCCGGGAGCUUCGACGGCCUUCAUCACCCCAGCGACGAUGAUGAUGACGAGAUGGUGGACAUCGCAGGAGCCACUCUGGACUUUUCCACCACAGACGACGUGCCUCCUCUCAGCUCAGGAGGUUUCGAGGAGUACACCACCACCACCGGCAGCAGCAGCAGCAGCAGCAGCAGAGCAGCCGGUAUGAACGGCACCGGACCCAGUAAGCUCGUGGACCCCCUGGAGGACCCGUUGCCUGGACUGGGCACCUAUGAAGACUUCAACACCAUCGACUGGGUCCGAGAGAAGAGCAAGGACCGAGACAGACACAGAGAGAUCACCAAUAAGAGCCGACAGUCGACCGUGGCUCUGCUGCACAGCGUCAGCGACGCCUUCUCUGGAUGGCUGCUCAUGCUGCUGGUGGGACUCAUGGCAGGUGCUCUGGCCGGCGGCAUCGACAUCGCGGCCCACUGGCUGACCGACAUGAAAGGCGGCGUUUGUCUUAUCGGCUUCUGGUUCAACCACGAGCACUGCUGCUGGACGUCCAACGAGACGACGUUCCAGGAGAGAGACCGGUGUCCACAGUGGCAGAGCUGGGCCGAACUCAUAACUGGAACUUCAGAGGGUCCGUUUGCCUACAUCGUGAACUACCUGAUGUACAUAUUUUGGGCUCUGCUCUUCGCUUUCUUGGCUGUUACGCUGGUCAGAGCGUUUGCGCCGUAUGCGUGCGGCUCAGGAAUACCAGAGAUUAAAACCAUCCUCAGCGGGUUCAUCAUCCGGGGCUACCUGGGGAAAUGGACCCUCAUCAUCAAGACCAUCACCCUGGUUCUGGCUGUCUCCUCUGGGCUCAGUUUAGGGAAGGAGGGCCCUCUGGUCCACGUAGCCUGUUGCUGUGCGAACAUACUCUGUCAUCUGUUCACCAAAUACCGCAAGAAUGAGGCCAAGCGACGAGAGGUGUUAUCAGCAGCAGCAGCGGUGGGUGUGUCGGUGGCUUUCGGAGCUCCCAUAGGAGGAGUCCUGUUCAGUCUGGAGGAGGUGAGCUACUACUUCCCCCUGAAGACUCUUUGGCGUUCGUUCUUCGCCGCUCUGGUGGCUGCUUUCACUCUGCGCUCCAUUAACCCGUUUGGAAACAGCCGCCUGGUGCUGUUCUACGUGGAGUUUCAUGCUCCGUGGCACCUGGUGGAGCUGGCCCCUUUCAUCCUGCUGGGGAUAUUUGGAGGCCUCUGGGGGGCGCUGUUUAUCAGGGCCAACAUCGCCUGGUGCAGGAAACGUAAAUCCACCAUCCUGGGCCACUACCCCGUCAUCGAGGUGCUCGUGGUGGCCGCGCUGACCGCCCUACUGGCCUACCCAAACAGCUACACCAGGAUGAGCGGCGCCGAGCUCAUCUCCGAGCUGUUCAACGACUGCUCCCUGCUCGACUCCUCUCAGCUCUGCGGCUACAAACAGCCAACCAACACAUCAGAAACAGGUGCAGGCAACAGCCUAGCAGACCGGCCAGCAGGAGAAGGCCUGUACACAGCUCUGUGGCAGCUGGCUCUGGCCUUGGUCUUCAAGAUGAUGAUCACUGUGAUUACCUUUGGCAUGAAGGUUCCUUCUGGCCUCUUCAUCCCCAGCAUGGCGGUCGGAGCCAUAGCCGGCAGACUGCUGGGCGUCGGCAUGGAGCAGCUGGCCUACUACAACCACGACUGGUUCAUCUUCAAAGGGUGGUGCUCGCCGGGAGCAGACUGCAUCACUCCGGGGCUUUACGCAAUGGUGGGAGCUGCUGCUUGUUUAGGUGGAGUGACUCGUAUGACGGUGUCGCUGGUAGUCAUCAUGUUCGAGCUGACUGGCGGCCUCGAGUACAUCGUUCCGCUCAUGGCUGCAACCAUGACCAGCAAAUGGGUGGCAGAUGCUUUUGGAAGAGAAGGAAUUUAUGAGGCUCACAUCAGGCUCAACGGUUACCCCUUCCUGGAGCCCAAGGAAGAGUUUGAGCACAGCAGCUUGGCCGUGGACGUCAUGAGGCCGAGGAGGGCGGAUCCAGCGCUGGCUGUGCUCACGCAGGAGGGCAUGACUGUAGGGGAGGUGGAGACCUUGGUGGAGAGCACUCACUACAGUGGGUUCCCCGUGGUCGUCUCUCAGGAGUCCCAGAGGCUCGUGGGAUUUGUGCUCAGGAGAGAUCUGCUCAUAUCGAUAGACAACGCCCGGAAGCGGCAGGAGGGCGUCGUCAGUGCCUCCCAGGUGGUGUUCACUGAGCACGCUCCAGCCCAGGCCCCCGACGCGCCGCCGCCACUCCGCCUCAGAGGCAUCAUGGACCUGAGCCCCUUCACCGUCACCGACCACACGCCCAUGGACAUCACCGUGGACAUUUUCAGGAAGCUGGGGCUACGACAGUGUCUGGUUACACAUAAUGGGAGGCUGCUGGGAAUCAUCACCAAAAAGGAUAUACUCAAACACAUGGCGCAGAUCGCCAACAGAGACCCUGACUCCAUCCUCUUCAACUGAACUCCUCCAUCCUUUCCUCCUCCUCCUCCUCCUCAUCCUCACCUCGGUCUCUCCUCUGUGGGGAACAGGGGACAGGACAACACCAGCUUGUGAACUGAAACGAAACGCACCUUUACCUCUUCAGUUUUAGUGACAGUUGGGCUUCAUUUGCACAUGCCAGUCGAGAACAAAGGGUUUUUUUGUUGUAAUUUGGAGGUGUUGUUGGCUUUCCGAAACAGAGCGCGCCAGUUAAAAAAGCCCCCAGAAACAGUGACUCACCCCGACAGCGCUGGCUGACAGAAACAACCAAUGGAACGCUUUACAUCUGCUCCUCCUGGCAUUUUCUGCUCUCCUCUCCUUCUCCAUUUUCAAAGGAACUCAACAGAGGGAGUGAUUUAAAGGAACCUAAAAAAUCUCCGUCUGAAUUCUCUCCUCCUGCGAUCUCGCCACUCUGCUCCACCUGAGAGCGAAGGGAGGCGGGAACAGAUAAUCCUCCGUUACAGAUACUGACAAGAGGAGGCGAGCUGGUGGAGGAGGAGGAAAUAAAGACAUCGGGGAAGAUAAAGAGCGGCUCGGGGAGCUCCGUGCCUGCCCUCUGGGCGUCACAGCGAGCCCAGACAGAGCCCUGUGAGCGGGGCUGAUGGAUGCUCACCUCCCACCCUCCUCCGCCACUCCUCCCUCUGUGAGGUUUCCUGUAGCCUCGGGGUUGAAGGAUACAGGAGUGUGAGAAGAGGAUCUAAUGCACACACACUCCAAAAAGACUUCCAUGACAGCCUGGGAACUGACCAGAGAUGUCUGUUUGUCGUAUAGUUGCUUGAGAUUUGUGAUACGGCUCCAGCCUGGGAACUAUGCAGUUGUUGUCUCGCCAUACACACUCUCAGAUUUGUCAAAUAUGGCAAAUAUAUUCUCAUAGAAAGAAAAAUCAUAUAGACAAUGCUGCAGAAACCAUGUCAUGCCUUAUGGAACGGUGGAAGUAUUUCUAAAAGCUACGAAACGAGAGAAUCAUGACACAAAUUAUUUAUGUAAUCGUCAAAUUGUUUGUCCCACUAAAUUAUUUCACUGACAUGA